AUCAAACCAACAACAUUUUCUUCUGCCUGAGUGACAGAAAUCACCCAGAGCUGUUUGUGAAGAGGAUCUGUAUUUGUUCAAUUAUGGACUCUUCUGGGGAAAAAACAGGAAAAUGCACCGAGGCAGUGAAAGAGGAUUUAAAAGAAGGUGCAGCGGCUGCUUGCGCACAGAGCUCCCGAGGCUGUUGCCAGAAAUGUGUCCCUCGGUUUAUUCCGUCAGUUUACCGCAAUGAGCUUGUGCAACUUUCCAAACUGGCGGGACCAGUGGUCAUUUCCCAGUUCAUGACUUUCAUGAUCAGUUUUGUCAGCACGGUGUUCUGUGGUCACCUGGGGAAAACUGAACUUGCAGCUGUAGCAUUAUCAAUUGCGGUAGUUAACGUCACUGGUAUUUCCAUUGGCACCGGUUUGUCGUUAACUUGUGAUACCCUCAUAUCUCAGACGUAUGGGAGCGGUAACUUGAAGCGUGUGGGUGUGAUUCUCCAGAGGGGAGUCCUGAUUCUGCUGCUGGCCUGUUUCCCUUGUUGGGCCAUCCUCAUCAACACUGAGCCUCUUCUACUUGCUGUCAAACAGAGUCCAGAUGUCGCCAGCCUCUCCCAGCUCUAUGUGAAGAUCUUCAUGCCUGCUCUGCCGGCUGCUUUCAUGUACCAGCUGCAGGGGAGGUAUCUUCAAAAUCAGGGAAUUAUAUGGCCUCAAGUUAUAACUGGAGCAAUCGGAAAUGUCUUUAAUGCAAUAUUCAACUACGUCCUCAUCCAUCAGCUGGAUUUGGGUGUUGCAGGAUCAGCAGCAGCCAGUGCCAUCUCCCAGUAUUUGUUGGCAUCAGUCUUAUUCAUUUACAUGUACUUGAGAGGUCUGCAUAAGGCCACAUGGGCAGGUUGGUCCCUCGACUGUCUCCAGGAGUGGGGACCCUUUGCCCAGCUGGCUGUCCCCAGCAUGCUCAUGCUCUGUCUGGAGUGGUGGGUGGUUGAAGUGGGAGGAUUCCUGGCUGGUGUGAUCAGUGAGGCCGAGUUGGGAGCUCACUCGAUAACCUACGAAUUGGCUGUUACUGCAUACAUGAUUCCAUUAGGGUUUGCUAGUGCUGCCAGCGUACGGGUUGGGAAUGCACUUGGUGCAGGAAACAUCGAGCAGGCCAAGCUGUCGUGCAAAGUCCCCAUCAUCUGUGCAUUCAUAAUUGCAUGCUUUGUUAGUAUUAUUUUUGGCGUCUCAAAGGAUGUCAUCGGAUACAUUUUCACAUCAGAGCCUGAUAUUUUGCAGAGGGUUUCUGACCUCAUGUUGAUAUUUAGUUUCUUGCAUCUGGCCGAUGCAAUUGCGGCUGUGGCUGGAGGAGUUGUCAGAGGUGUAGGAAAACAGUCGGUUGGUGCUCUGUGUAACUUGGUCGGGUACUACAUUUUUGGCUUACCCACUGGUGUGUCUCUGAUGUUUGCAGCCAAAAUGGGGGUUGUAGGGUUUUGGACAGGCCUUACGGUUUGCGUGUUAGUGCAGUCGAUCUUUUUCAUCACAUUUUUGUGCAAACUCGAUUGGAAGAAGGCUGCUGAAGAGGCUGAAGUGCGAGCAGGAGUCUGCGUCAAAGAAGAAAAAGACACGAUCAAGAUGGAAAAUAGAGACUCUAAUCACAUCCAGACCCCAAUCAGUACUAUUGCAUCCAGUGGUGAGAGCGCCGGGGUGGACCACGUAUACAUGGAGGUGCAAAUACCAGAAGAGAGUCAAACCACCAACACCACUACAGUGGGAGAUGUUCUGUCAGUGUCACAGCUGGUGUUACGGCGCGGCCUAGCGAUACUCAUCAUGGUCCUCAUCCUCGCUGCUGGAGUCAUUACCAACACCGUCCUCACCCCGCUGCUCAAAUGAUGUAAUGGGUUAAAUGUAUUGUUGUGUGUAUACAUACACGCAUAUUUAGUGUGCACACAAAAAAUACCACUUUUUCUUUUAUUUGCCUUAAUCAAUAUAUCACAAAAAGAUAUCAGAAAUACCAAAAGAAAAUUAAAGAAUUUAAUUUAGCUAUCUCUUCUGUCUAAUUAUGUUUCUUUCACAGAAACUAUGUAUUAAAUAGCAUAUUUAUUUAUAGCUAAUAGCUAAUAAUAGUUGUAUUUCUGAUUUCAUAUAAGGUUUUUUUUAGUGUUUAUUAAUGUUUGCUAAUUAUAUGUUUUAAAUAAAGAUUAGAUUCACAUUCAGAUACAUAUCAGCCCAUGCAAUAAAUGACAUCUUCUCAGACAGUUUCAUCAAACAACCAGUACUGUUAAUUAUCAAUGUCCAUAAUAGCAAAUCUAGCACAGUUCGACUCUGAAGUCAGAUUUUUUUACCCAUCUAAUCUUGGUGGCUGUUUCUGUGCCUCCCUCUGCUAACCCCACAUGUGACAUUAUCCACUCGGUCACAGCCAAUUCAAUUCAAAUUCUUUAUUGUCCCACAGGGUGAAAUUAGUUUAGCAGCAGGCAAAAUAAAAGUAAACAAAACAAUAAUAUAAAAUAAUAAUGACAAUAAUAGUAAUAGAAAGUCACAGGACGGUCAUUUGCCACUAAGGAGAUGGGAUGCAGCAGGGAUAAAAGAAACCUGGAGUCUUGGUCUUCCUCAAAGGUACUCUAAAACGGCGCCCAGAAGGCAACAACUCAAACUCACUGUGAAGUGGAUGGUUCAAACAAUUAACACUAGAAUGAGCCUUCCUAAGCAUAUUUUUGUUGUAAAUGGCAAAAAGUCCAUCUUGCCAGUGCCCUGAAAUUUUGCUAGUAGUUUUUACCAGAAGUCCAAACUUAUUCUUAUUCUUCACCGUCAGGUUACCAAACCAGGCAGUGAAAAGACAUCAUUCAAUAAAACUACAAAACAAAGACAACAUCUCAGAUGAGACAUUAAAGGAUCUCAUUUUCCUUAAAAAGAACAGUCUUUGUUGAACUUUUUUAGUAGUGGCAUCAGAUUGAAAUGCAGCUGGAUGCCUCUCUUGUGUCCUGGAUUGUUGACUUCCACCACUGCACAGAGACCUGUCAUCUUCAGAGGUUUUCUGAUGACUCUGCAGUGGUUGGAUGGAUCAAUGUGGGUGUUGAGAGAGAGUACCGGGCUGUGGUUGACUCCUUUGUCAAUGCGGUGCGAGCACAAUCAUCUUGAUUGUGGACUUUAGGACGAGCAGGAAACCUGCGUCCCCUGCUUCACUCCAUUGCCACAUACCUAGUUUCAGGGACUAAGAUGCACGGAGAGGAAUGGAGAAUUUGCAAUUUGAGAAAUGAGACCCAAUAAAAACUAAAUGUGGAAGACGAUAACAAAUCACAGCACAGUGUGGUGCAUGACCUUAAUCAUGUGAUUUAGCAUGUUUUGGUUUUCUUGUUAGCUCACAAAAUUUGUGGCAUUGUUCCUCCUGAUGACUGUUCAGAUAAGCCAACUGACCUGACAUAACUCAUUUCCAAGACAAGCAGCUUGUCCACUCGAGGGCUGGCAGCAGGAGUCAGCCAACAUCCUGUUAUACAAGAGGCAUAUAAGAGGUCAAUAGAGUCCCAUCCUGAGCUGAGGUCCAGAAAGACAGUGGGAGUGCAUAAUACAGUUUUUACUAUAAGUUUUUUGUGUUCACAGAAGGAAAGAAAUCCAGGGAAGCCUUGAAAUAUUGUCAUUUACCCUCUCUAACACUCUGCUUCUGAUGAAGCUGGACGAUAGAGAUGAUCAAGAAAACUAGUGGUGAAGCAACAAAGACAAGUAAUACACCCUUGUGGUUAGGAGCGGAGCAAGAUCCCCUUUCCCCUUAGUGGGGUGGGUCACCUUCUCCACAGAGCCUGAUUCCACCCAGUAAUUCUUCCUCCCAGAGGAAGCAUUUGCUUUGCAGGACCUCACGGUCACUGAACAGAAAGACUCCUAAUUAGGAGUUUUCAGAGCAGAGACACUGUAAACGCCCCUAGAGAGUUAUUGCAUGUUUGGUUGUGUAAUUAGUUAUAGCAAUGAUAAAGGACUAGAAAACAAAACAUUUAGUUUUAUAGACUUUAUGACACUUUUUGCUGCCGCUGAAGAUGGAAAAAUAAAAACCUAAUUCAAGCAUAAAAAAGUGCUCUUACUCAAGUACAGCAGACUGAGGAGGAACACCACCUGGUGAGUAAAACAGCUGUGAUCUGUCCUUUUUGAAAUUCAGUUUUGGGUAGGAAGUCAGUCACAAUGUGGAUUAAUCUGCUGUUUACCACCCGUCUGUCUGUUAAAGAUUAUUUAAGAUUAUCUUAUAGUUUGAAUAAGCUUUGUAGCAGUACUCUGUUCAUGUUAUUCACUGCUUUCUCGUCUGUCCAGAUAAACCAAUAUCUGACACUAGAGUACAGUCUGAUCUAUAUACUUACCCAAACAUCACCAUUUAUCUUUGCAAAACCAUAUUCACCGUUUACUGACGCCAUACAAUAAGCAUCGGUGCUUUAGAACACCCUGCUGGUUAUAUGUGGUUAUGUCACUUGUUCUGUGGUUUUACAGUUGAAGUAAUGGAACGUUUUCUGGGUUAUUACUUAAUUAAGGAAUAAUUAAACCUGACAGGCAGUUUAAGGCAAAUACUGUCAAGCAUCCGCUCCUUGCACCCACCACAUCAUCCCUGCUCUAACGUUUUUUUCUCCCUCAUGCUUGUCAUACUUGCAGAUGUCAGUAAAGUUGUAUCGGCUACAUGUGUCAGCAUCUAGCUACAGAAGCACAGCUGGUAACUUUUUUUGAAGUUUCGAGUAAUUUUGGAUACAGUGUUUCAAACACUGUAUCCAAACACAAGAGAAAAGUCACACAUGAAGUUUGUUACACAAAAUGCAUAUCGUACUCCAGCACCAGAGUAAAGGGUGUGAGAGCACUGGCUUGAAAUAGAGGAAAUAGGUGAAUUAAAACUGAAAGUUUUAUCUGUCAUGUUUUAGAGAGU